GGUUUUGUUACCUCUGGACAGAGCCAGGAUAGCUGUUUGUAGUCUUUGUGCUAAGCUAUGCUAACAAGCUGUAGGGUGUCACCUGAUACAAUAGGUCUAUUUAACGGACAGAUUUGAGAGUGGUUUCAAUCUUCUUAUCUAACUCUCAACAAGAAAGCGAAUAAGGGUAUUUCUCAAAAUGUCGAACUAUUGCUUUAAGGUAACAUAAAAUAUAGCAUCACAUUCUUCCAGUAAUCAACCCUUCCUCUGAGUUAUUUUUCUUGAUCAUUCACCUCCACCAGCCUGGUGUCCCAUCAGCCACUAUGUUUCACUUUCUCAUGAUUUCCUCUAAAUCGUGUCAUGACAUUAUUAAAACCCCUCAUAUGUGUCGCUGAAUGGUUUGACAACAGCCCCCAGCUUUAGCUGUUCCACACUGGGACCACCCUUACGGAAAUGUCUGCACCCUGAUGAUGUGAGCUGCUUCACAAAAGCCACCACCACACGGCCUGUGAAUACGCAUAUAUAUAUAACGAUGACUGGUAAAUGACAAAAACUGUUACCACAGGCUUCUAAAUGACAUUCUCAUAUGCUUGCGUCCAUUUAGCUGACUCGUGCAUUUCCAUGGUCAGACCACAUCCUUUGAGCUUAACACAUAAAGGCAAGUGUGUGCAUCGAGGUGGGUUUCAGUACAUUCAACAUCACAUCAAAGAGAGAGAUAAGAAGAAAUGUUCUGCCUGGGAGAUUUCACUGGUUUUAUCUCUUGUAUAGUCCUCCUCAUUGUCCAAUCAAGUUAUGGCUCUGAGAUUAUUGGGGGGAACGAAGUGCAGCCCCACUCGUUGCCUUUCAUGGCUCUGCUGGAGAGCAAACAACCAGUGUGUGGAGGGAUACUGAUCAAUCCAACAUGGGUCCUGACUGCUGCCCACUGUGCUGACAUUAAGAGGGUGGUGCUGGGGGUGCACUCCAUCAAACAAAAGGAAAAGGAUUCCAGGCAGAUGCGAAAGGUGACUCGCAGUGUUCCUCAUCCCUGCUAUGAUGCAGCAGAUAAGGUCAAUGACCUCAUGUUGCUCAAGCUCGACAAACCGGUAAAGGAAACCAAGACGGUGAAAUGCCUCAGGAUGGGUAACACCGUCAAAGAACCAGCAGCUGGCACCAGCUGUCUGGUGGCUGGAUGGGGGACAACGAACAAUGCUGUCAAGCAAAUGUCAGAUGUCCUGAUGUCUGUCAAUGUGACUGUGAUCGACAGAGUGAAGUGCAACUCUCCUGAAUAUUACAACCUUAAGCCUGUUAUCACCAGCGGCAUGAUAUGUGCCGGUUCAGAUGGUAACAACAGGGCUGAUACCUGUGCGGGGGAUUCAGGAGGCCCACUGUUGUGCAAUGGAGUGCUAGCCGGAGUCACUUCUUUUGGAGGAAAGUGUGGCUUGCUUAAAAGGCCUGGAGUGUACACUUUUCUCACAGAAAAACAACUCAUCUGGAUCAAAAAGACAACGAAGAAGUCUGAAAUAUAAUGAGCCCUCCCUGUUAAUUAGUUAACCACUUUAACCAUGACUAUCUUUGUAGCCUACUUAUUUUAUGCUGCAUUCACUUUAUCCUAAUUAGAUAUACUGCAUUGUUAUAAUAUUGUUUGAUAAUAUUUCACCAUGGAGAAAGCACAGUGGCUAUGGUGGAUCUGUGUCUGCACAUGUGAAUCCAUACAAGAAGGCCUUUGAAUUUACUGUUCGCUGAACUCCUCCCCUAAAUAGUGAUUGUCCAGCCAUACUGUAGUUUAGAAAAGGUAAACUAGGCACGUGAGGCAAGCGUUGGAUUUCUCUGCAUGUUAAAGUAGUGUGCAUGAGGCUGUAUUAAGCAUUAAGCAUUUAAAGAGUUUGGAGGGUGGUGCCUUUUUUUAGCCUUUCAAAACUAAAAAUAUGUGAGCAAAAGUGUAAGAAAUUGAUUAAACUUUGUGUUAUUUGUGUUACAUUACUGCUGUAAUGUAAGCUGCAAUCGUUUGCAUGUCUGCUAACUAGCUUAUCACCUACAGUAAUAACUGAGCAUUACUUUCAAAGGAGCAAAAAUAAAUAAAUAAAAAAAGCUGAAAAAAAAAA